GCCACUGUCCGAAAGAAAAAUGGUCGUUUUUCUGUUUCCGAGAAUAGUGAAUUUUUUAGAUAACGAUGAACUGAUGAUAGUUUAGUUGAGAAAUUGAAGGAUGAUUCCGAAUUUUCUUAGCAUAAAUUUCUGGGAUUAUCUGAGGGUCGGCUCAAGUCACUACACAACACAAAGGAAGUUCCUUUUUUUUUGUGUGGCUUUGAGUGGGUCAGUGAUUUUAGGAUUUGCAAAUCUACCAUCUCUAGAAACGUAACGUUGCGGAGAAGAUGGGUUUCAUCAUAGGAGGCACUUGCUUCGCCCCGUCUCCAAUCCUCCCCUCUUCUUCUUCUUCUUCUACGUCGCAGUUCGUGCUUCUUUGCUCCACCAAUGUCUCCAAAUUCAAGCGUCUCCGACCACCUUCAGCUUCUCUAGGCCGCCAAGAUACAAACCACGACGCUGUGUCCGUUAAGAGAAGAGCUUUUGUUCUUUUUGGUAUCUCCAUUCUUCCCUUUUUGCAGUUUCGAUCGCCAGCUAUGGCGGAUGAAAGAGUCAAUGAGAUAAAGACACCAAAGCUUAAUCAAGAAGCUGAGGUUGCAGUUAGUGAAGGAGCAUCCCCUAAUCCAUUUCUGUCUCUCUUGAAUGGUCUUGGGAUUUUCAGUGCUGGUGUUCUUGGUGCACUCUAUGCACUCGCUCGGAAAGACACAGAAACUGUCCAAUCUGUAAAGAGCCAGUUGAAAGACAGAGAAAGAGCAUUGGUUACCAAGGAGAAAGACUUUGAAGCAAGACUGCAUUGUGAGCGGGAGGAGUGGAACAAGGAACGAGAAAAGGCACAAAAGGAACAACUCUCAUUGACCAACCAGUUCAAUUCUGCAAAAGAUGUGGUGACAGGGCUAGGCCGGGAGCUAAGCAGCGAGAAGGAACUAUGCGAGGAGCUUAGAACUCGAAUCAAAAGUCUGCAAAAUAAUCUCUCAAAGGCUGGUGAAGAACAAAAGGCACUUGAAACAAAGCUCGGAGACGAGCUUAAUUUGAUUGAGGGGAUGCAAGAUCGUACCAGCUUGCUUAGUUUGGAGUUGAAAGAUAAAAAAGAAGAAGCUCAACGCAUUAGCACAUCACUGACUGAAAAAGUAGCAGAACAGGAGAAACUCAACUCUGCUUACACUCAAACUAGCCGAGAUCUUGCUGAAGCAAUGUUAGAAACCAAGAAGCUUAAGGAAGAAGUCACAAGAACUCAGUCUAAAUUGGACUCAAAGAGUUCUGCCAUUGAGGAGUUAAACACCAGAAUAAGAAAUUUAGAGGCUGAGAAAAAGAGUUACAUCCAAAAGCUUGAUGAUGUUUCAAAAGACUACAGUGCUUUGCAGUUGACUUCUGAGAAGCAGUCAGCUGCUGAUACGGAGGUCAUUAGAAGGAAAGAGGAGGAAAUUCAGCAGCUAAAGGAAAAGCUGGAUCAUGCGCUAAAGGAAGUAAGUGAGAGUAAAGACAAAGUUGCUGACCUUACUGAGAAGUAUGAAGACUGUAAGCGGAUGCUGGAUGUAGAACUCACUAAUGUACAGAACUUGAAACAUGAACUUGAACGAAGAAAGGAAACACUCCAGGCGUCGAGAGAUAGUGUUUCUGACCUGGAAAAGCUGCUUGAUGAGUCGAUAGCUUUGUGUUCGAAGUUUGAAUCAGAGGUUUCUAUAAUUCGUGAAGAGUUUAAUGAAGCUAAGGAAAGAUAUGGAGAGAAGCUUACUGAAGAAAGAGGAAACAGUGAGGUUUUAGCUAGCCAACUUGCAGUGGAGAAAGAUCUUUUAAAGAAAGCUAGAGAGGAGCUUGAGGGACUGACACAUGAACUUCAAGAGUCUUCUGUAAAGAACCAGAACCUCCAGAAGGAACUAGUGGAGAUUUACAAGAAAGCUGAAACCACUAACAAGGAACUAGAAGAGGAGAGAAAGACAGUUUUGGCAUUGGAGAAAGAGGUGAAAGCAAUGGAAAAGCAGAUGUCGAUGGACAGGGAGGCGAGGAAAACCCUUGAGACAGACCUCGAAGAAGCAGUUAAGUCCUUUGAUGAGAUGAACAAAAACACAUCGACGCUGUCAAAAGAGCUUGAGACGGUGAAUACACAUGUCUCCAGUUUGGAGAAGGAGAAAGAAACGCUUCAAAGAACACUAGAAGAGGCAAAGAAAGCAUCAAAAGAAGCCAAGGAAAACGCGGAAGGCGCACAUAGCUUCCUGAUAGGUAUGAGAAAAGAGAGGGAAGUGCUAGAAAAGAAAGUGAAGAAGCUAGAGGAGGACUUGUGCUCUGCAAAGGGAGAGAUAAUGCGCAUGAGGAGCCAACUGAACGAUAACGAAGAGAAGAGUGAUGAUAAGGUUACUGCAAAGAAAGUUGUCAGAAGAAGAAAGAGCAGUACUAGUUCUUGAGGAGACAAAGGUUAUGAUGACCAGAGCUUGCUCCAGUUAUUAUACAAAUCUGUGUAAAUUUUGACUAGAGGCAAAUGGCUCCAAAGUUUCAUCAAUGAUAAUAGGUAAUAAUAGAGUGAGAAGAUUAUCAGGAAAUUCAUGUCUGAAAUUAUGAU